AUGGCUGAAAUCGGCGCAUCCGUUGACAAGACGGUUGUGGAUAUCGUGCUUGAGGACAAGAAAAGAAAUGUGACGGAGAAAGUUGUGGAUUUGAAUGAUAACAUCGUUGAGAAAUCCACUCACGAGAAAGAUGUUCAAGAUGAGCUUGGAUUUCAAGGAGACAACAAUGAGAAAUAUGUCAAAGGCCAUCCAGUCAUUCGAAAUGGUCUUGACGUUUCCAAUUUCCUUGUAUCGACCAGAGAUGACGGUGAUCCGUCGCUUACUUUCCGUUCGAUCGUUUUGGGCACCGUCUUCACAGCACUGUCUAGUGUGAUCACUAUGCUUUACACUUUCAAACCAGUCCAGGUCUCAGUUUCGGCGGUAUUUUUGCAAUUACUCGUCUUUGUAUUUGGAGAAGCAUGGGCUUUCUUCACACCGAAUCCCGACAGGCUCAAGACAAGCUGGCUACGGAAAACAUUCAAGUUUUUCAAUUUCGGACAACCAUUCGGCAUCAAGGAGCAUGUUGUCGCAUCCCUCAUCGCCUCGUCUGGCAACAACGGUCUAUCAGGAGUGGAGGUGUACGCCAUCGAGAGAUUGUUCUACGACCGAGGCAUUUCCGCCACGACUGCCGUUUUGGCCACCUUUUCUAUCUCACUGUGCGGAUUCGUUUUGGCUGGUGCGUUGAGGUCACUGAUUGUCUAUCCUGCUGAGAUGGUUUAUUGGUCAACACUACCUCAAGUCGUGCUUUUCCAGAAUCUACAUUUCGAUCGGAAAGCAAAUCAAGAGCGGCUCAAGAAGUUCGGUUGGGCUCUUGGUUUGGCUGCAGCUUGGGAAUUUUUCCCCGCCUACAUUGUACCAUGGGCCGGGGGUCUUUCGGUAUUUUGUCUCGCAUCGAUGAAAGCGCCGACGAAGACCCGCACGAUCUUUGCGACUGUCUUUGGAGGUGCCUCGUCGAACGAGGGGAUGGGACUCUUGAACUUCUCUCUUGAUUGGCAAUAUAUCCAGAGCACAUACUUGUCGCUGCCAUUCAAACAACAGGUGAACACUUGGAUUGGGUACGUGAUUUGGUACCCUGCCAUGCUUGGUCUUUACUACAGUAACACUUGGAAUGCUAAAAGCUUCCCUUUUAUGUCGACGUCGCUUUUCUCAAGCAACGGAAGCACUUUUUCGACAACAUCUAUUCUGAAUAGUCAAGGCAUUAUCGAUGAAGCCAAACUGGAAGCAACAGGAUUACCGUACUUGACUUCCAGCACUGUCUGGGGAUAUUUCACACAGAAUCUUGCCAUUGGAGCCCUAAUAUCGCAUGUGCUGAUAUUCUACAGCAAGGACAUGGUUCUUGCAUGGAAGCAGGCACGUACCAGAAAGCAGCCUGAUCCACAUUAUCAGGGCAUGUUGAAAUACAAAGAAGUACCACAAUGGUGGUAUAUCGUGCUCUUUGGCCUUGCAUUUAUCGCCGGAAUCAUCGUCACUGCUAAAGGCGAGACCACUCUACCAGUCUGGGGAUACAUAAUUGCACUCCUUGUGGGCGCAUUCAUUGCACCAUUCUCCUGCAUCCUAUAUGGACUGUACGGAACCGGUGUUGGAACCAAUCAAUUGUCCAAGAUGGUUGCCGGUGCCGUCCACCCAGGCCGACCCUUAGCCAACCUCUAUUUCGCCAGCUGGUCGCACCAGGUCAUCCUCCUUGCAGUCAAUCUAGCGAAUUGGCUGAAGGUAGGUCAAUACACCAAAGUGCCUCACCGAGUCAUGUUCGGCACCCAGAUCUAUGGUACCCUCCUCGGAGCAGGCUUGAAUUACGCCGUGAUGAGCACAAUUGUCAGCAGCCAAAGGGAAAUUCUUCUCGAUCCCGAGGGUAACAGCAUCUGGAGUGGCUCAACUCUCCAAAGCAUGAACUCGCAAGCUAUCACAUGGGCCAUGGCAAAAAGGAUUUACAGUUUGAGUGGAGAUUACUGGAUUGUGCCAAUGGGGAUUGUCAUCGGACUCGUCCUACCAGUCAUUCACUGGAGUCUGAACAGAGUUUGGCCUCGUCUGCGCAACUGGCCUAUCAAUACCCCUAUGAUCGCGUUGUAUACUGGAUACAACUACUAUGGUAAUACCUCGUGGGUUUGGUCUUCUAUCGCAGUCGGUGUGUUCUCUCAGUUUUACCUUCGACGCCGGCUACCACAGAUCUACAAUAAGUACAACUACCUUAUUGGAGCCGCGAUGGAUGGAGGAUCUCAGAUAGUUAUCUUUGUUCUGUCGUUUGCCGUUCUGGGUGCGAGUGGAGCAUCGCAUCCGUUCCCUACGUGGUGGGGAAACCCUUCGGACAAUGCGGACCAUUGCUCGUAG